AUGUUUGGAACCUUUAUUUUUUCCUCAACUAUGCAUAUGUUUAUUCGGACAAUUCUUACUUUUUGUAAAGAUCACUUGGAACAAGUAGAUUUGUGUGCUGGUACAGGCCGUCUACUUUGUUGUUUGUUGUAUGCUUGGACUAGUUCCCAAUUAUUUCAGACACAUCAAAUGUUUAUUCAUAUGCCUGGAUGUCAUGGAUAUGUUCGCCCUAGCGAAGCUAUAACUGAAUAUAUUGCAAUAUUUUCCUAUGGAUUUUUCUCACUUUUACAACUUGUGGAUAUUCGUAAUGUUCGCUUUAUUUGUUAUCCACGUACUUGUUCUGGUGAAUGUGAACCUCUAAAAGCUGAAAAUUUUAAUGCCCCGGGAGGAAAAUAUCAAUAUUGUCGAGCAUUUGAAUGGGUUCAAACAAAGGAUUUGAGGGAAAAUGAAGAAGAAAAUAUUGUUAAAAAUGGAAAGAAUUUUAAGAAUGGUGAAAUUAAAAAACAAUCUUCCCCCAUUAAAAUUUGUAAAAAUGGGAAAAAUACUAUUUAAAAAGAAGGAAGAGUAUAAGUUAUUUUUUUAUUUUAAAAGAUAAGCUCAAUAAAAAUUGCUUCAUUUGAAAGACAAUUUUUAGAUUAAAAAGAAAAAUAAUUUUAUAUCGUGAAAGUUUUUUAUAGAAAAAUAGGUUGGUAAUUUUAUAUAAAUAUACCUUUCUGUUACUACCAUAAUUAUGUCUAAUGUUAUAAUCUUUUUCUGGUAAUAUUCUAGUCUAAUGGUCCCUAGAAAAAGGUAAUCGAGUGUGCUGAUCUGAAUAUUUUUUUUAUACCGUGUG